AGAGCACUUCCUUUUUUACAAGGAAACACAAACAUGGCGAAUUCAAGUUCUCCUCAGGCGACUACACCUCUGAUUUCCGGCCCGCGGCAACAGGAGGCUCUGCGGGAGGAGAUGAUGGAGAACCCGCUGCAGCAGAACUAUCUUCUGGGAAUCAUCGUCUCCAUAUGUGGGAAUUUCCUCAUCAGCAUUUCACUCAACAUACAGAAAUAUGCUCAUGUCCGGCAGGCUCAGCGGGGCUCCAAGCCCUAUUACACCUCUGUUAUGUGGUGGUGUGGCGUGCUUCUCAUGGGUGUUGGGGAACUGGGGAACUUCGCUGCAUACGGCUUUGCCCCAGCAUCACUUAUAGCCCCACUGGGCUGUGUGUCUGUUAUAGCCUCCGCUGUCAUAUCUGUGGUUUUCCUGAAGGAGACGAUUCGAGCCUCAGAUGUUGUUGGUGGCAGCCUGGCGAUAACCGGAACGUACCUCCUGGUGACCUUUGCCCCCCACACGUCAACACACAUCACAGCUCAUCUGGUUCAGUACUACUUCAUCAGCUGGCACUUCCUGCUUUACUUGUUUGUAGAGGUCGUCCUGUUUUGCAUCCUGCUCUAUCUGUACAAGAGGAGGAACAUGAAGCACAUUGUCAUUGUGAUGCUGCUGGUGGCCCUGCUCGCAUCUCUUACAGUCAUCUCGGUCAAAGCCGUGUCAGGGAUGAUCACAGAGUCGAUAAAAGGCCAGCUGCAGCUCAUCUACCCCAUCUUCUACGUCAUGCUCGUCGUCAUGGUGGCCUCCUGCGCAUUCCAGAUCAAAUUUCUCAAUCAGGCAAUGAAAAUGUUUGAUGCCACAGAGGUGGUUCCCAUUAACUUUGUGUUCUUCACUGCAAGUGCCAUCGUUGCAGGUAUAAUAUUUUACCAGGAAUUUGAAGGCUUGGCUUUGCUGAAUAUUUUUAUGUUCCUGUUUGGUUGUCUUUUGUCCUUUAUCGGAGUUUUCCUGAUAGCCAGAAACAGGCCAAAGAUAAAGCAACAAGAUGGCAAUUUUAUUGCAAUGGAUAUGAUUCCUGGGAGAAGUCGCACUGACAAAGUGCAGCCUGAGGCAAAGACUCAAACAUACGGAUCCCUGGCAGCCAAAUUCAUGUGCAACCGAGCUGGCCAAACAGACGACUCAUAGACCCAGCUCCAUCUGCUGGGACCAUUUUAGACUCUGUGCGUGUCCCUGGAUUCAACAAAUACUCUAUUUAUAAACAAAUAUAUUCUUGAACAGAGAUCUAUGUCUCAGCACUAUUUUUAACCUGUCAGAAAUAUCUCUCGAGUAAAAGCUCGCUCCAAAAUAAGAUGAACACUUCAGGAUCACAGCUUCAGUUGCCUCAGCAGUAGUAACUUUUAUUUUAAGAGCUGGUUUAAAAAGUAUUUUAGUUUAACUGAAGGUUUAUCAGGUGGAUAGAGCUGGUAGUUUAAACAGCUGUUUAAUGAGACAACAGAAUAUCACAUC